AUGCUCGACGCCCUCGUAGCCUUCGGCUCCACCUUCAUGCUCCUCCAGUCAUACGUCGGCGCCGACUCUUACCCGCAAGGCCUCAGCAAAGUUGCCGAAUACGCUUCGCCACUUCGAUACCAGGUCGAGUCGAUCACUGUGCAAGGCAAGUGCUUCAGCGGGAUGAGGCAGGUACCAUGUCAUAUGAUGGCUGCUGGUUGCAAAGUCCAUUGUCUGCUCAAGUACAUGCCUGUGUUCCCAAUCUUUUACGGGGUGGCACUUCUCGCUGUGGGCUUCGUGGCGUACAGCAACCACCAUCUCGAUGACCGGGUGGACGAUACUCCCAAGAAAGGUUUGAAGGAGAUCUGUGGCUUCACCACCUUCCUGCUUGCUCUGGCGUCCAUCGCGGGCCUGGCGGCUUCGGGCGUUGGCCUGACCUUACUCGUCAAGCCCAUGAUGCACCUCGCGAGCAACGAUGAGCUCAAUGUAUUCGUCGGCUGGGGACAGCUCAUCACCAUGAGCUUGACCGUCUCGCUCAUGUUCAUUACCCUGGAGUACUUCAAUCUCUCUCGGCAGAUGUUGGCUGCCCGUGAGGGCAGUGUCCUGCUCGAGGACAGCGAACAGGCACAACCCCUGCUCGAAAAGACGGAGGCCUGA